AUGAAGUUCAAUACUGCCCUCACAGCUCUCACUGCAGCUCUCUCUGCCACUCUGGCCAUCGGCGGGCCGGUGGUGACGAAUUCCACCUCCAUGAUGACGACGGCGCCCACGACGACGAGCGGGCUCACGACGACCGGGCUCACGACCACGGGCCCGACGACGAAGAAGCCCAAGACCAAGAAGCCCAAGACCAAGAAGACCAAGCCCCUCUUCAGCUGGACCAGCCUUCCGAUCCGCACAUUGAAGGGCGGAAAGUACGACUGCGGCUUCUCCAUGGAAAAGAUGAAGCCGUGGCGGCCCAUCCCCGGCGAGGACGUUUGUCAGUGGUGCCUGGACUGGGCCUGUGUCUCGAGCGACAGAACUCCCAAGCAGUGGCCGGGCCACGUCAUGUACAAGUGUGGCAGUUUUUGCGUGGUAGAAAGGGGAGGUUCCUUGACGGCGCCGCUCCCGCCGAGAACGACAUGGCCAUCGGACGACCUGCGGAACAUGUAUAGCAAAUGGGAGAAAAAACAGAACGCUUCCAUUGCCAGGGCGGCUUCCCUCAGCAGUCUGAAGAGCGCCUCGCUCGCCCUCGCCACCAACUCGUCCACCCUCAUCCAGGCGUCGUCGUCCUCGUCGUUUCCUUCGCUCACGUCAUCCCAGUUUACCGCCACCUCUACGCGCUGCAAGAGCUCCCAGACUGGGGUCUAUUCGCCGCCAAAGGCUUAG